UCUGCCGCUGCCGGGACGCGGUCGUUCGGGCGACAGAAUCGAUCUUUCCCCGCCCUGCCAGGGCUGCGGGGCGGAGGCGCCGCUCUGCGCCUGCUCGGGCUCCGCAUCGGGGCGCAGCGUGGCCACCUCCCUCUCGGUCUGCGCGGGGAUAUGGACGGCGCUACGAUGGAGAUAGACGGCGGGGUCAUGGAGGGGGGCGGGCAGAUCCUGCGGGUGUGCACGGCGCUGAGCUGCCUGCGGGGGCUGCCGGUGCGGGUGCGACGGAUCCGCGCCGGGAGGAGCCAACCCGGCCUCAGGCCUCAGCAUCUGUCUGGAUUAGAGAUCAUUCGAGAUCUAUGUGAUGGGAAGCUGGAAGGCGGAGAGAUUGGCUCAACAGAGAUAACCUUCACUCCUGGGAAGAUCAAAGGUGGAACCCACAUAGCAGAUACAAAAACAGCGGGGAGCGUAUGUCUGCUGAUGCAGGUAGCAAUGCCCUGUGUGCUGUUUGCUGCUUCCCCAUCAGAACUUCAUUUAAAAGGUGGGACUAAUGCUGAGAUGGCUCCUCAGAUAGACUACGCAGUCAUGGUUUUCAAGCCAGUAGUUGAGAAGUUCAAUUUCACAUUUAAUUGUGACAUAAAAAAGAGGGGCUACUAUCCUCAGGGAGGUGGCGAAGUUGUAGUCCAGAUGUCACCGGUCAAAGAGUUGAGCCCAAUAAACUUAACAGAACGUGGCACAGUGACAAAGAUAUAUGGAAGAGCAUUUGUUGCUGGAGCGCUGCCUAUAAAACUGGCAAAAGACAUGUCAGCAGCAGCAGUGAGAUGCGUGAGAAAAGAAAUCAGAGAUCUUUACAUUAACAUUCAAGCUGUUCGAGAACCCGAUGAUCAAGCCUUUGGGACUGGAAGCGGAAUAAUUGUUGUUGCAGAGACUUCAACGGGUUGUUUGUUAGCUGGAUCAUCGCUUGGCAAAAGAGGAAAGAAUUCUGACAAGGUGGGCAUUGAAGCAGCUGAGAUACUGCUCAGGAAUCUUAAACAUGGUGGAACUGUGGAUGAGUCUCUGCAAGACCAACUGAUCAUUUUUAUGGCACUAGCAAAGGGAGUGUCUAGAGUGAAAAGUGGACCAAUUACACUCCAUACUCAAACUGCUAUACACUUUGCAGAGCAGCUAACAAAGGCCAAAUUUACUGUGACAAAGUCAGAAGAGGAAGAUCCCAGUAAAGAUACCUAUAUCAUUGAGUGCCAAGGAAUGGGGAUGAUAAACCCAAACUUAUAGGGUUAAAAAGGAAAAAAAAAAAGGCAGCAAGCUGACAAAAGCAAAACUCAACAUACCUCAGUGAUGCAUUGCACUACUUUUCAAUGGAUGUAUAAUGUGCAUGUGAACAGGAGGAGUCUUCUGUCACAUCCGAGUGAUUUAACUUCAAGAAUGAUGUCGAGUUUUUCCUUGGUGUGCUGAGAAUCUGUGCUGUGGAAAUGGAAACUUUAGUCUUUUUUUUAUUAUUAUUAGCAGCAAAAUGAGUAUGGACUGGACAGCAAAUGGAAUACAUUGUAUGUAAUUAGAAGCUUUGAAAGUUCAGAUUCACCAAAGUAGGAAAUAGCAUUUUCAGUUUUGAAAAAACACUGAUGCAUUCUUUCCCCUUUAAAAAAUAUAAGUUUUAUUCUUUGGGAACCUUUAUGUGAUGAGGUAUAUAUAUGCAAUGAGGUGCACCAUGAAAUCUGUAUCACUGUUCUUCCGUAACUAUUUUGCUUAAAUUGUGUGAAAUAAUAAAGCAAUAUCAUCAUAUGAAAGUCUGAUAUUUAUGUUUGAUGUUAUCUCAGCAGGUUGUGGUAGUGGGAGAUGGAUACAAGUAACUUUUCAGAAGGGUAAUUUCUUUCUCACCUCAUGGAAAGAACACCUAGCGCAUCAAAUAAUCUUCUUCUAAAUCCUCUCUUUUCAUCUAUUGUAAAAAAAACCUCUCAGGGCUGGUAAAACAAUGUACAACAUUAGAUCCCACACACAAAAUAUUAACUUUAUGGUAUGAUUUGAUUUCUUAUCUAUGAGUGUCCUUGUUUGUGUACUAGCUAGGUCUACAUUUUCACCAAGCUGUUGUUUGUUCUUUUUGAUUUCAGCUGAGAGAAGGGAGCUGUUGAACACCCAUAUGUACACCCAGAUACAUACAUGUAUGUAC